GUGAAAUAGCCCAUAGUUUUAUCAGUCUUGGUUGCUGCCCACUACUGCUAAAAAAAGGUUGAUUGUGAUCAUUACGCUGCAGGUUUCAGUGGCUGCCCAGCUGAUCCAUUUGCUCUGUUGUCUGGGAAUAAAGAAGUGCCACAGAUCAUGGCUCCCUGGCCUGAGGUGGAAAAGCCUGAAACCAAUAACUAUAUUGGGGACUCUUCCAAGCAAAACCAGAACAUGGCUGGGAAAGAAGGAGAAAAUCAUAAAGGCAAUGUGGCUUCACUUGGAAAUAAAGGGGAAAUUCAACCUGCGUUUUCCACAAUAGCCUUGAUAGAUGAGACAAGGCAAGAAGAAGAAGACCCAUGGGCUCUGCCAGAACUACAGGAUACUGGGAUCAAGUGGUCAGAACUGGAUAGAAAAGGAAAAAUCAUUCGCGUACUCUAUGGGAUAGGGAAGUUUAUUAUGCUACUUGGAUUGCUCUACAUGUUCGUGUGUUCUCUGGAUGUACUGAGCUCUGCUUUUCAACUGGUAGGAGGCAAAGCAGCAGGGGACAUUUUUCAAGAUGAUUCAGUGCUGUCUAAUCCUGUUGCGGGAUUGGUGAUUGGAGUUCUGGUGACCGUUAUGGUCCAGAGCUCCAGCACUUCUUCAUCCAUUGUGGUCAGCAUGGUGUCCUCCACACUGCUGACUGUUCAAUCAGCUAUUCCUAUCAUAAUGGGGGCAAACAUUGGCACGUCAGUUACAAAUACGAUUGUGGCACUCAUGCAAGCUGGGGACAGGAAUGAAUUUAGAAGGGCCUUCGCUGGGGCAACAAUCCAUGAUUUCUUUAACUGGCUCGCUGUGUUUGCACUGUUGCCCAUUGAAGUUAUUUCUGGCUAUCUUUACCAUCUCACCAAUGUUAUAGUUGAUUCCUUUCAUCUUGAAAGUGGUGAUGAUGCUCCUGAGCUACUAAAAGUUAUCACAGACCCCUUUACAAAGCUCAUCAUUGAGCUUGAUAAGUCAGUAAUAAAUGCAAUUGCUACAAAUGAUGAAUCAGCAAAAAACAAAAGCCUGGUAAAGACUUGGUGUGUAACUGAAACCAAUGUGACACUGCAGAAUGUCACAAUUCCACCAUCAGAAAACUGCACAUCUCCUGACUUUUGCUGGACUGAAGGAAAUGUGACAUGGACCAUCAAGAAUGUAACUGAAACAGAAUAUAUCAGUAAAUGCAGGCAUCUCUUCGCAGAAGCAGACCUGCCUGAUCUCGCCAUUGGUCUCAUCCUUUUGGCUUUGUCCCUGCUUGUUCUGUGCUCCUGUUUGGUGAUGAUCGUUAAGCUAUUAAACUCUGUGCUUAAAGGACAAGUGGCAAGCGUUAUCAAGAAGACAAUCAACACUGAUUUCCCAUUUCCUUUUACUUGGCUAGCUGGAUACCUGGCUAUGCUUGCAGGGGCUGGUAUGACCUUUGUUGUCCAAAGUAGCUCUGUUUUCACAUCUGCUAUUACACCUCUUGUUGGCAUUGGCGUUAUAAGCAUUGAGCGCUCUUACCCCCUUACUUUAGGAGCUAACAUUGGCACAACCACAACAGCUAUACUUGCUGCUUUAGCAAGUCCAGGAAGUACCUUAAAAUAUUCAUUACAGAUUGCCUUGUGCCACUUUUUCUUCAAUGUCUCUGGGAUUAUUCUGUUUUACCCGCUACCUAUUACCCGGCUGCCAAUCCGCAUGUCCAAGACCUUGGGAAACAUAACAGCCAAGUACAGAUGGUUUGCUAUAUUUUAUCUUCUUGUCUGCUUCUUUCUUUUGCCUUUGUUUGUAUUUGGUCUGUCACUGGCAGGCUGGGCAGUCCUUUUGGGUGUUUGUCUUCCCCUGGGUGCUCUUUUUAUUGCUGUGAUUGUAAUUAAUAUUAUGCAGACAAGGCGACCACAUUCACUGCCUGAAAAGCUCCAAAACUGGGAUUUCCUACCCAUCUGGCUGCACUCCUUAGAGCCCUGGGACAAUAUAAUUAUGUCUUCACUCGCCUUUUGUGGGAAACACUGCUGCGGCUUCUGCAAGUGCUGUAAAGUCAAUGCAGAACAGGAGGGUGCCAAAGACAAGCAACUAAAAACUAUGGAGGUUUAUGAAAACACCAUUGCGAUGGCUGAUGAAGAAAGAGGUGGAAGAAGGGCACCAGCUGCAGCUUGUGUUGAAAAAACAGGCACAAACAACACAGCCUUAUAGGAGUGUAUCAGCUUGUAUUAGCAGAGAUACAGCAUAGGACAGUCAGGCUCUUGAAAACUACCUUGGACAAUGCACUGAGGACAGAGUGAACAAUUUGUUAGGUUCCUGCAGCCAGUGAUAUAUCACUCAUCAAGGAAUGGAGUCAAACAAGCUUGACAGAGUCCCUAGGCUAUCUAUGAUCAGUUGAAAAGCUAAUGACAGAUUUGCUUACAGAGGAUCUACUAUGCGGUACCUUCAACCAAUGCUAUCAGUAGCAAACAAAAGAAAUCCUGAUGUAGUCCCAUGAAGAGAGGGAUGAAAAGAGUGGUGAUCAAUCCAAACUUAA